AUGAACAGGCAGACGAUGUCCCGCUUGCCAGUCAUGACAAGCAAAAGGGUUCUAACGAGCAGCAGCUCCGAGAAUUCCCAGGAUUCAGCGCCUGCUCAGAAGAGGAUGCGUAAAGACCAAGAGAUGCACAAAUCUCAUGUGGCAGCCACAGUUAUCGGAGACAAGCGACCUGCUGUUUCAUCUGCCAGGGCACCAAUUUCCAAGCCCGUCAGAAAUGCCGGAGCUGCAACUGUGGCCUUUGGUCCAUCCAGAGGUGUUCAGAAGCAGGCUGCAGCAUCAACUGCUCCCAGAGGAGGCAACAUCAAACAACCUGUUGGUGCAAAAACAACCACUGGGACCGCGGCCACCCGGCGGCAGCCCUGGGACUUAAAAGGCAAAGUCACUGACAUGGAGGGAAAGCUCCGCAACUACCAGACGAAGGUCAAAUCUGUUAAUGAGGAGAACGAGCUGCUGAAAGGCUCGGUGGCCCAGAGUCAGACCCACCUGUCGGAGCUGGAGCGGGAGGUGAGCAGACAGAGGAGCCGGAUCAGCGAUUAUGAGCUGAAGCUGCAGGCUCUGUCCGGAGUCCGAGAGGAGCUGGAGAAAGUGUCGAGCGACAAGAGCUCUCUCCAGAAGGAGCUCUCCAAUCUAGAGGGGAAAUACAAAGUAAUGGAGACUCUGAGAGACAGCCAGGAGACGGAGCUGCAGACCCUGAAGAUGAAGCUGUCGGUGCAGGAAUCGACGCUGGCCCGGCUGCAGGCCACCCUCAGAGACACGGAGGAGGACGUGCGCAACCUCAAAGAAACUGCUGCCCAGCAGAGGGACGAGCUUCACGCCGGAGAGAUGGAGCGCAGACUGGUGGACGGAAGCCAGAGUAAGCACAUCCAGCUCCCGACCAGUGACGACAAGUCCAUCAUUUUGGCCAAAACGGAGGAGUCUCACACCGGCAAAACUGCAGACACCCACAAGAAUUACAAUUUCAGCUUUGACCGGGUGUUUGGGCCGCAGGGUUCACAGCAGGAGAUCUUUGAGGAGAUCUCCCUGCUGGUGCAGUCGGCGCUGGACGGCUACAACGUGUGCUGCUUUGCGUACGGUCAGACGGGCAGCGGGAAGACGUACACCAUGGAGGGGGAGGAGUUCGACGAGGCCAGGGGCGUCAUUCCCAGAGCUGUGCAGCAGGUCUUCAGAGCCGGCGAGAAGCUGGGAGCCCAAGGCUGGGAGUUCACCUUCACGGCCAGCUUUGUUGAAAUUUACAACGAAACCCUGCGGGACCUCCUGUACACCGGCAAGGCCAGCAAGCGGCCGGAGCACGAGAUCCGAAAGGCAGCCAACAACGAGGUGACCAUCACCAACCUCACCUACGAAAAGGUUUACACGGAGGACCAGGUUCUGGGUCUGAUCGCUCUGGCCAAGCAGAACCGCUCCACCGCCCAGACGGCCCAGAAUGACCGCUCCUCUCGCUCCCACUCAGUCUUCCAGCUGCACAUCGAGGGCGUGAACGCUGGCAGAGAUGUCAGGUGCAAGUCCGCUCUUUGCCUGGUGGACCUGGCUGGCAGCGAGCGGAUGGUGAAGAGCCAGUCUCAGGGGGAGCGCUUCAAAGAGAUGACCGCCAUCAACAGCUCCCUGUCCAACCUGGGCAUCGUCAUCACUGCGCUGGCCAACAAGGAGAGCCACGUUCCAUACAGGAACUCCAAACUCACCUACCUGCUGCAGGGCUGCCUGGGAGGAAACAGCAAAACCCUGAUGUUUGUGAACAUUUCUCCAGAGCCCGACAGCUUUGGGGAAACUCUCAACUCACUGAGGUUUGCCAGCAAGGUCAACGACUGUGUGAUUGGAACUGCGAGUUCCAACAAGAAUCUGGCUCCUCCGUCUGGAUCCGCCUUAAAGGCGACGCGUGUCUGUCUGGAGCUGCACACAUCUGAUGGUUCCUCAAAAUGCUGCUCAAACUUCAGGCCGUGGCCCACGCGGCGGGACAGACUGCCUUCGGCCCCCCCGCGGACUGGACCUCUGACCGCUGCAGGCUCCACUGAAACGAUGCAGUCUCUGUGUGUGGAGGUGGGGAGCAGCAGUGGGCCCGCUGGCCCCGGGGGCCCCGGGGGCCCGGUGGUCCAGGUCAGCUUCCCCGCCGCCCAGAGCGCGGUGCUGGACAGCCUGAACCGGCAGAGGGAGGACGGCCGGCUCUGCGACCUCUCCAUCCACGUCCAGGGCCACCAGUUCAAGGCCCACCGCUGCGUGCUGGCCGCCUCCUCGCCCUACUUCCACGACCAGGUCCUGCUGAAGGACAUGUCCACCGUGUGCAUCCCGGCGCUGAUGGACCCGCUGGCCUUUGAGGGCGUGCUGCGCUGCGCCUACACCGGCCGGCUGCAGAUGCUGCGCGACGACAUCGUCAACUACCUGACGGUGGGCAGCGUGCUGCAGAUGUGGCACAUCGUGGACAAGUGCACCGAGCUGCUGAAGGAGGGCCGGGCGGCGGCGGCGGCGGCCCAGGGGGCGGGUGGCGCCGGUGGGGGGGGGGGGGGGCGCGGGGGACGCCUGGGGGGGGGCCGGCGGCUCGGCCACCCCCGGGUCAGUAGCAGCGGGGAGGGGGGGGCCGAGGGGGGGGCCGAGGGCGGGGCCGGCGGCGUCCCCGUCCAGGCGUCCGGCGAGCCGGCGCGGGCCCCGCCCCCCCCCAGCCGCCCGCCGGUCAGCGAGAGCCAGUCCCCCAGCAGCACCAACUACUUCAGCCCCAGAGACGGCAGCGGCUUCGGGGGGGGCGGGGCGGCGGCGGCGGGCGGGGCGGCGGCCGACGGGGGCGGGGCCAGCAACACCCCCAGCUACUGCACACCCUCGGGGGGGGAGGAGGCCUUCCUCAUCGAGGAGGAGGAGGAGGAGGAGGCGGAGGAGGAAGAGGAGGAGGUGGUGAUGUACCAGCGGAGGAAGAGGGGGAGGGGGGGAGGAGGGGGGAGGAGGAAGAGGGGGGGCUGCCUGUCGGAGCGGGAGGUGGGCGUCAGCGACAGCUUCGGGGUGUCGUCCUACCAGGACGGGGAGGACGCCGCCACCCCCCCCCAGAAGCGUCCGGCCUACAGCCAGCCCAGCAUCAUGCCCCGCAAGCAGUGGGUGGUGGUGAAGACGGAGCGCAGCGAGGAGGACGACCUCAUCCUGGUGUCGGGGGAGGAGGGGGGCGAGGAAGAGGAGGAGGAGGAGGAGGAGGAGGACCGGGACCCAGAGGUGGAGCUGGCCCGGGGGAGGGGGGGCAGCUUCAGCAUCUCCAACGUCCGGAGCCUCUCGGCCGAGCUGGGCGUGCGGGCCGACGGCGAGCUGGACUCACAGGUGGACUUCUGCCAGUCCUCGGAGGACUACCUGAAGUUCGAGGGCAGCCUGAUGGAGCAGACCUUGGUCCAGCACCUGCAGGACGGCGCCGGCGUCCAGAGCCAGAGCGCCGGCCGGGCCGUGUCGGCGCUGCUGGGCCAGGUCCAGUCCGCCUCGGCCUCUCGGGCCCAGCUCUUCCCGCUGGACAUGCAGGGGAACCAGAUCCUGCUGUACGGCCAGGGCUCCGGCCUCCCGCUGGACGCCGGCGCCGCGCCCCCCCUGGGGAUGGCGGCCGCCGGCCUGGGGGGCGCCUCCUUCAGAGGGCCCGGCCCGGAGCACGGCGCCGUCCACCUGCAGGCCGGUUUGGGCGCCGACGGCUCGGAGGGCGCCGGCAUGGGGGGCGGCGCUCCUGGCGGCCUGGGCGGCGCCGCCGGUGGCGGGGGGGCGGCGGCCAAGGUGUUCAUGUGCCACUGCGGGAAAACCUUCACGCACAAAAGCAUGCGGGACCGGCACAUCAACAUGCACCUGGACCUGCGGCCCUUCCACUGCCCCGUCUGCGCCAAGAAUUCAUGUGGAGGGACAGCUUCAUGCGCCACCGCGCGCACUGCGAGAGGCGGGGGGGGGGGGGGGGGGGGGGCGGGCGGGGGGGGGGGGGGGCCGCGGGCCGGCGGCGGCGGCGGCGAGGACGGGCUGGACCUGAUGGCAGCGCCCCACCUGAUGCUGUCUGCAGGGGAGGGGGGAGGAGGAGGAGGGGGAGGAGGGGGGACGGCGGCGCGGGGGGGGCCUGGCGCAGGAGGCGGCGGCGUGGCGGCGGGGGACCUGGCGGGGGGCGCCCCCCUCAGCCCCGGGCAGGAGCAGGGCGGCGGGGGCUUCGGGGGGCUGGGGGUGGCGCGGGGGGGCUGCCAGGAGGACGUGUGCGAGGUGAGCGCCGACGAGAGCAGCCUGGCCUAA